AUGAAGGAAAGGGAGCAUUUAGCUCUUGCACUGUACGAUGUUAAACGAUUUCGGCAAAUUAAACCUGAGAAUUCGAUUCAGCUAUUAGAACUGUUAAACGAUGGUAAUCCGAUUUCUGCAGCAUAUGAACUUUCUGCGCCAGAUAAAGUUGUGCCUCCAUCGAUAACUGCGAGACAGUGUUGGUUCGGUGCCGGUCGUAUAUAUGCAAUUGCUGGGUUGCAAAAACUCGAUUAUGGGAAUUGCUGGGUCACAGAAAUUUGGUUAUGGGAAUUGCUGGGUUAUAGAAAUUCAAUUAUGGAAGAAUUGCAACUCGCUGAAACUUUUCACUUCAGGUCUAGCAAUAAGAGUGUGGAAGAAGUCACCAUGUAA